GCCCUUGUUAUGCUGAUUGCUUGUAUCGUGUUCGGUGUUGGAGCUAACGACCGAGCCUGGAUGCCUCGGCCAGACCAGAACUACUUCAGCUGGAGCUUCGGGUUUUACAUCAUUUCCAUGUUUUUCUCCGUCUUCGCUGGGCCUCCCAUUUUGAUGCAUGCCAUGCAAGUACGGAGAGAUGCCCCCAAGGAACGACCCGAACUUUACGCCAUGGAACAAUUUGGUUAUUCACAGACUGGCAGUAUGCCUUCAGUGGCUGGUACUGCCAUGUCUAAGGUUUCCAAGGCAUCUACUCCAUACCCAAUGGGCCCAAAUAUGAACAGAUACUAAACUAUUUGGAGAAAGAACUGUUCUAUUCGAUCAUUCCAAUCUCCUUUCAGCUUAUAUAUGGAGAUCUAUAACUUGGAAGUAUCUUUUAUUCCAGUGCAUAUCAUUCAAAAUUAUUCAGUUUAAGAACAGCAUGUUUUUCUUCAUGUAUCCAUAUUGUGACAAUGUUUAUAAAAAAACAACUAGACAUUUCAUUUUCCUGAAUUAUUAAUGUUUGUUUGUUUAUCGGAAUGUCAUUUUGUCAUUAGAAAUUCCAACAAUAUUCUAGCCUGUAAUUUGUAAAUAUUUCAGUUUAUGAUUUCCUAAAAUAUACUUGCCCUGUCUGUAUAGCUUGUUUUUCAAAAGCUUUAGAGCUGUAUAUAAUCAUUUAAUAUGUAACCAUUCCAUGAAAUCGUUUCAGGAUGGACUAAUUGGUGACAAUGCAUUAGAACAUCAUUUAAAGCAUUGUCAUUCAUGAUUUCAUUUAGUAAUACCAUGUCUGAUUGAGAUUUUAAAUACUAUUUCUAAUAACAAUUCGACUGUAGCUUCUGUAGUUCCAAAGAGGGGGGAUACCCAGAAUUCAUAUAUGAACAUCUAGAGCUUCGUAGUUCAUCUAUGAAUUCUGGAGUAUGCCCUCGUCUUAGUUAUCAUUUAAAUUCACACUGAUUGUA